UUCAUAAACAUUCAUUCAGCAAACAUGAACCUCUUCUUUGUUUGGACGGUCUUCGUAGUGCUGGUGGCCGGGCCUCAAGUGGAGAGCUCCCGGGUACCGGGGCUGAAGGUGAUCCCGGAGGUGGACUACUCGUGUGCGGCAGCGGUGAGAGCCGCUAUCGAGGAAUACCGAGUUCUUUACAAGGGACAACUUAAUGAACCACCGAAGAAGACUUAUCCAAUGAUGACAAACUCAGUAAUAGCCUCUAACGACACCUUUAAGACGAUAGAAAGGAAAGUCUUUAAUGAUACCGAUGAAACGGGGCAAGAAACCGGAAAAAAGACAGUUGUUGAGAAGACGACAGAAACUUACGUAGAACCCAAAGGAAAUGUAUCAAAGACUUCGGAAACCACGAUUGAUGUAGAUGAAGACGGUAAACAACGGGGUGAAAAAUCUGUGACCGAGAGUGAAACAGUGACGGGACAGACUCCAGACAACGGGAGCAUAGCACAAACAGUGGACGUUAGAAAGGUAAUGGACGAAGAGGGUAAUGAAAUAAAGGAGGAAGUUGUUAUUAAGAAGGAAUUAAUAGUACAGCCUCUUACCAAUACAACUGAAGAAAAGCCGCAGGACGAUAAAGACGCAAAUCUUAUCGUUCCAAAAGUAGGGGCGGACGACAAAGGUAAAAAGAAAACCGAAUCAAAACGAACAGAACAAAGAAAAGAGAUUCUGCCCAGCAAUAUAACGAACGAAACAGUUGUGAAAGAGAAGGAAGAGCUUCUACCUUCACAGGAAAGCACGAAAGUGACACCUGUGGAGGAGAGGAAUGUUACAGAGAAGGAUGAUGGACUUCAGAAGGCAAAAGGAACAGAACAAAGAAAAGAGAUUCUGCCCAGCAAUAUAACGAAUGAAGUUGUUGUGAAAGAGAAAGAAGAACUUCUACCUUCACAGGAAAGCACGAAAGUGACAUCUGUGGAGGAGAGGAAUGUUACAGAGAAGAGUGAUGGAAAAGAUGUCGAGAAAGAAACUGUAAUUCGAAAAGAAGUCCAAAAGAAUGUGUGUAAUAGCGACAUCAAAGAGGUUCGUAACGAAAAACAUCUUAAUGAAACAAUUGAAGACUUGAAACACCAAGUUGAUGACGUGAAAAACAAGAUGAAGGAGGGAAAAGCAAAGGCUGAAGAAAUAAAUACUACGCCUAUCACUCAAGACGGUAAAGUCGUUGAAAAGACAGUCCCUGCUGUGACGCCGGCGAAGGUUGUUAGAAAGGAUGUGCCCUCGGUGGGAGAAGGAAAAGACUCCGUUGUGACUCGAGUUGUUAAACCCGUUACCCUUUCGGUGGUAGCAGAAAAGGUCCCCGUUGUGACAAAUCAGACCGUUGCUGAAAAGAUUCCCCCUACGGCGACGGAAGGAAAAGUUCACGUUGUUAAAGAAGAGAAAGUUAUUGAAAAGGCUGUGCCCUCGGUGACGGAAGAAAAACUCCCCGUUGUGACAAAGGAGAAGGUUGUUGAGCAGGCUGCCCCUUCGGUGACACAGGAGAUCGUAAGUGUCUCUAAGGAGCAAGCAGAACUUCCUCUCGUAGCAGAGGAGAAGAAGGUUAUUGAAAAGAUUAUCCCCUCGGUGACAGAAGGGAAAGUCCCGGUAGUCCCUCAACAGGAGGUUGUUGAAAAAGUUGCCCCUUCGACGACAGAAGAAAAAGUUCCUGUUGUGACACAAGAAAGGGCUAUUGAGCAGAAUGUCCCACAAGAAAGGGUUAUUGAACAGCCUGUCCCACAAGAAAGGGUUAUUGAAAGGGCUGUCCCACAAGAAAGGGUUAUUGCAAGGGCUGUCCCACAAGAAAGGGUUAUUGAACAGUCUGUCCCACAAGAAAGGGUUAUUGAACAGUCUGUCCCACAAGAAAGGGUUAUUGAACAGGCUGUCCCACAAGAAAAGGCUAUUGAACAGGCCGCCCCUACGGCGACAGAAGAAAAAGUUCCUGUUGUGACACAAGAAAGGGUUAUUGAACAGAAUGUCCCACAAGAAAGGGUUAUUGAACAGAAUGUCCCACAAGAAAGGGUUAUUGAACAGAAUGUCCCACAAGAAAGGGUUAUUGAACAGAAUGUCCCACAAGAAAGGGUUAUUGAACAGAAUGUCCCACAAGAAAGGGUUAUUGAACAGAAUGCCCCACAAGAAAGGGUUAUUGAACAGAAUGUCUCACAAGAAAGGGUUAUUGAACAGAAUGCCCCACAAGAAAGGGUUAUUGAACAGAACGCCCCACAAGAAAGGGUUAUUGAGCAGAAUGCCCCACAAGAAAGGGUUAUUGAACAGAAUGCCCCACAAGAAAGGGUUACUGAGCAGAAUGUUCCACAAGAAAGGGUUAUUGAACAGAAUGCCCCACAAGAAAGGGUUAUUGAACAGAAUGCCCCACAAGAAAGGGUUAUUGAACAGAACGCCCCACAAGAAAGGGUUAUUGAACAGAGUGCCCCACAAGAAAGGGUUAUUGAACAGAAUGCCCCACAAGAAAGGGUUAUUGAAAGGGUUGCCCCACAAGAAAGGGCUAUUGAACAGGCUGCCCCUUCGGCUACAGAAGAGAUUGUCACUGUUUCUAAAGAGAAAGAAGAAGUCCCUGUUGUAACAGAGGAAAAGGUUCCCGCUGUGAGAAAUGAGACAGUUACUGAAAAGAUUACUCCUUCCGUAACAGAAGAAAAAGUUGUCAAUCAACGGAAGGUUGUUUCUUACGAAGAUGCUACAGAAAAUCAGGAAAAUCAAGUUACUGGAGAUGAAGAAACGGACAAAACUGAAUUGAAGUUUAUCAUCACCAUACAAGAGAGAAUAGUCCGUGAACAGACAGUCUCGAUCAUACCCGUGAUGGACAAGGACGCCAACACAAGAAGGAAUGGAAAAGUGGCGAAGAAACAACUGAAAAGAAUAAUGAAGAAGGUGGCCCGCGCCGUCCGGGAAGAAUUAAGCAAGGAACACAAGACAGCGGGGUAGAGACAGUAGCAGGAGAAGCUGUAACCAGUGUGAG